AUGACCAAAAGAAAACUGCCGUGGUCAUCGACGCCAGACAUAGUUGACCUCACCGGAGACGACAACGACUUCUCUAAUCAUUCUCGACCCAAAGUUUCCAAAAAGACGCCGUCCUUAGGUUCUUCACAGGGACGUGCCACUCUGCCAACGCCACCGUCUUCAAGUCAACCAGGGUAUUCCUCACAUGGCUCGAAGCAAACUUACAGAGACUACACACCCAGUUUCAGCCAGCAAUCCAGUGGCAACAGCGCACGCAAUAAUUUGCCGCAUUCGACUCAGGACCAGGAGGCCGACAUUGCCAGAGAGAUUGAUCUCACGGAGGACUUUGACGACGACGUGUAUGAGAAUUUCCAGCUGUAUGGCAUCCUGAAUACCAAAAUUGUCGGCUGUCGAUUCUACGAUGGCCAGGCCACUGUUGGAGAGUACGUCAGGGUCAAGCGCGAACCUCGUAAUCAGUACGACAGCAAUGCUAUCCGCAUCGACAAUGUCCUCCGCGAUCAGAUCGGCCACAUCGGGAGGAACGUUGCGGCAAAACUGGCACCCUUGAUGGAUGCCGGUUCACUCCUGGUCGAGGGCGCCCUGACAGGUCCCAAAACCUACUACGACUGUCCUAUUGGCCUCAAACUGUUUGGCACAAAUGAUCCCGUUGCAGGUGCUGCUCUUGCCCGUCAGAUGAAAGAUCUAAAUCUACCCAUCACAGAGUACAAUCGGUCGGAAAGGGAACGCAAGAAGCGUCUGCAGGAAUUCGAGAAGCAGCAGAAAGCGAGGCAAAACGCCGCCGCCGCAAUGCGGAAGCAAGGCAUGACCGUCUUUGACAACGAGGGACCAAACAGAUAUAGCAACCUGAGCGCGCCUGUAGCGAUGAAGACCCAGGCAGAACCAGGCAUGGACCAGCUUCUCAGCGGGACUGCGGUGCUGAACCCCCGUGAGGUGCAGAAUGUGGUGAACAAGUUUGCAGCAGGAGAGGAGAUACUUUCGAAGAUGUCGAUGGCAGAUCAGCCUCACGAGUUAGCUACAGUGCUACUGCCCUAUCAGAGACAGGGUCUCCAAUGGAUGCUGGAUCACGAGUCCCCGGUGUUGCCCAAGAGCGCCGACGAUGUGGUUCAGUUGUGGAAGAAGACGGGCAAAUACUACACCAACAUCGCAACAAACUUCUCCUGCAGCAAAGCGCCGGAGCUGGCCAGUGGAGGGCUUCUGGCAGAUGAUAUGGGAUUGGGCAAGACCAUCCAAAUCAUCUCGCUCAUUAUGGCCGAUCCCCACAGAAAUGGGGAUCCGACUCUGAUCAUCGCACCACUCUCAGUGAUGAGCAACUGGAGCACACAAGCCGCGUUGCAUGUCAAGAAGAAGUAUGCGCCACGAGUCUUGACUUACCAUGGCUCCGCCAACAAGGAAUUGUCGCCGGCACAAUUAAAAGAAUACGACAUCGUCAUCACAACGUAUCAAACAAUGACCCAAGAGCUUUUUCCAUACGGUAAGAACGCAGCUCAGGAAGGUUCAGCCCCCAAAGGCCUGUUUGCGGUGACUUGGCGGCGUAUCGUCUUAGACGAAGGUCAUCAGAUUCGAAACCCCAAGGCCAAAAUGUCGCAAGCAGCAUGUACUCUUCAGGCGAAAUCUCGCUGGAUCCUGACCGGGACUCCAAUCGUCAACAGCCUGAAGGACUUGUACUCACACGUCAAGUUCCUUCGCUUGCCCGGUGGACUGGCAGAGUUCGAGCUCUUCAAUUCGACCCUGAUCCGGCCACUGAAGCAUGGCGACCCGGGAGCGCGCCUUCUUCUCCAGGCCCUUAUGUCGACUCUUUCUUUGAGACGGAUGAAGGACAUGAAAUUUAUCGAUCUCAAGCUACCCAACAUUACCUUCCACAAGUAUCCUGUCAAGUUUCUGCCCCACGAGCAGGAACGGUACGAUGCGUUCAGGCAAGAGGCCAAAGGUCUGGUCGAAGCAGCAAAGGCCAAGAAGGGAGAUUAUUCCAUGACGCACCUGCUGGAAGUUCUUCUGAGGCUGCGCCAGACGUGCAACCACUGGAAAAUGUGCGGAGACGAGAGAGUGAGAAAAUUACUGGAGUUGGUUGAGUCGAAUCAGGUCGUGGAUGUGACCAAUUCCGCGAACCGCAAGACCCUGCAAGAUCUGUUGCAAAUACAUAUUGACUCGCAGGAAGAUUGCUGCGUGUGCUUGGAUUCGCUAAACGAUCCUGUCAUUACAGCUUGCGCACACAGCUUCUGUCGGGGAUGCAUCCAGAGAGUGAUCGAGACUCAGCAUAAAUGCCCCAUGUGUCGAGCACCUCUCCAAAACAGCGAGCAACUGGUUGAACCAGCAGCUGGGAUCGGCGAAGGUGACGAGGUGGACCUUGACAUUGAUCCCGAGACCACCAGCACCAAGAUCGAGGCUCUUGUCAAGGUGCUCAAGGCAUCUGAAGCCGAUCCACGCGUCAAGACGGUGGUGUUUUCGCAAUGGACUUCAUUCCUCAACUUGGUCGAGAGCCAACUCAUCCGCCACGGCCUGCAAUUCACGCGUCUCGACGGGACCAUGAAUUCUACGAAACGUGACGCGGCGAUUGAAUCACUGAACAGCGACCCGUCUUGCAAGAUCAUGUUGGCAUCCCUCUCCGUCUGUUCGGUGGGCUUAAACCUCGUGGCCGCCAAUCAGGUCAUUCUGGCGGACUCAUGGUGGGCGCCAGCUAUCGAAGAUCAAGCUGUCGAUCGAGUCCAUCGCCUGGGUCAAACUCGAGACUGCAAGGUCGUCCGCCUGGUCGUCGAAGGGACGAUCGAGGACGAAGUGCUUGAGAUUCAGGCGAGAAAGCGGAAGCUGGCUAGCGAAGCAUUUGGGGAAAAGGACGGGGCCAGAAAGAGAGAGGAGAGACGGGCAGGGACAUUGAGGGAUAUCGAGCGACUACUAGCCUAA